AUGGCAACUGUGUAUGGCAUGAACAAAUCUCACUUUCCACUCUCCCAUGUUUUGAAAUCCUCCCAUCAAAAACAAUCCUUCAUUCCUCAUGAAGCUAAGCUUAUUCUGUCCACAUCUCUAAACAAACCAGGCCAGGGGGAUAGUCUGAAAUGGUGGCCGCACAAACUUGGAAAGUUCUCAGUAAAAUCAGCUUACUCACUCAUCAUCAAGGACAUUUUAGUAACAGUUCGUUUUCACUCCCCUCAAAUAUACACACGCACGCCACCAAUUCACAAGAGAUUUCCACAGGCUAAGACGAUCAGACCAUACAUGCCGAUGACAGCACCGCUGGGCCGACCAGCUGCGCACUCGGGUCACGCAAUCGUCGGCCUUGGAGAGCCUCCGUCAGUCCGAGCCGAGGGCCGCCGCGGAGAGGGAUGCGUGAGAUGGCGUUAA